UUUCCCCGGGACUGGGCGGAUUCAGGGUGUGGAGAAGAGUUACUGACUGAGCUGCUCACCCCCCAACCCACUCCCCAGGCUCCAAACUGGAGGUGCAGCGACACGUGAGUGGCCGGGCAUCAUGCACCCGGGAAUGAGGGCCCCAGGGGGCAGGGACUCCGGGGGACCGGGGGAAGAGCUGGAGCAGGAGCCGGAGGCAGACCCAGAGCCAGAGGAGAUCCGGGUGAAUGUAGGGGGUCUGAAGCAGAGCCUGAGAAGGGGCAGCCUGUCCCGGUUCCCGGACACGCGGUUGGCGCGGCUGCUGCGGUGCCACUCGGCGGACUCCAUCCUGCAGCUCUGCGAUGACUAUGAUGGCGAGGAGUACUACUUCGACCGCAACCCAACACUCUUCCCCCGCAUCGUGGACUUCUACCGGACUGGGGAGCUGCGGGCCAGCGGUAAGCUCUGUGUCUUCUCCCUGGGCCAGGAGAUUGAGUACUGGGGCCUGGGGACUGGGAGGCCUGGCCAGGACGGGGGUGAUGGUGACCCGGACGGGGAUGGGGAUGGCGCCAGUGAGCUGGGAAGCAGCAGCUCCUCCCUGGACGAGGUGCUCGGUUUCUACCGCGAUGCGGCUAGCUACGAAGGCCGGAGGCUGGGCAGCUGCCGCCGGCGCCUGUGGCUGAUGUUGGAGAACCCCGGCUACAAUGUGGUGAGCCGCUGCUACAGCGCUGUCUCCAUCCUGAUGGUGCUGAGCUCCAUCGCCGCCAUGUGCCUACACAGCAUGGCCGAGUUCCGGCGCUUUGCCCCCCGCUUCGAGGCCCUCGAGCACUUCUGCAUCGCCUGCUUCACCCUGGAGCUGCUGGCCCGCCUGCUGGUGUCGCCGGGCGCUGCGCACUUCUUCCGCCGACCCCUCAACCUCAUCGACCUGCUGUCCAUUCUGCCCUUCUACCUGACACUGCUGGCCGACCUGGCCAUGGAGAGCAGUCCGGCGCUGGCCAACCUGGGCCGGGUGGUGCAGGUCCUGCGGCUGAUGAGGAUCUUCCGUGUUCUCAAACUGGCGCGGCACUCCACGGGCCUCCGAUCGCUGGGGGCCACCCUGAAGCACAGCUACAGGGAGGUGGGCCUGCUCCUCCUCUACCUCUCCGUCGGAGUGUCUGUCUUCUCCGUGGUGGCCUACACCAUCGAGAAAGAAGAGAAUUCGGCCCUGGCCACCAUCCCGUCCUGCUGGUGGUGGGCCACAGUCAGCAUGACCACCGUGGGCUAUGGUGACGUGGUGCCCAUCAGCAUCGGGGGCAAGCUGACGGCAUCUGCGUGCAUCCUGGCCGGGAUCCUGGUGGUCGUGCUGCCCAUCACGCUCAUCUUCAACAAGUUCUCACACUUCUACAGGCGCCAGAAGAAUCUGGAGAAUGCCAUGAGGAACUGCGAGUUUGAUGAGCGCCUCGCCCAGCUGCCUCUGCUCAAUCUCCGGGACUACUAUGCAGACAGAAUGAAGUCCCUCAUGGCCAGUCUGAAUAACAUGAGCAGGGGUACACCCAGUGAACACAGUAUAAACUCAAUACUUUAAAUCCAGCCCUGCACUGUCCAGGAAAGUGGCAAGGGUUAGAAUAUACCACAUAGCCAAAAAUCACCAACCAAAUACUGCAUUUAAAACUCUUGACAACCUUAUGGGGAGGUGAUGACCUUGUGAUAUUAUCACUGGAUAAUGUUUUGGC